ACCCCCAGCCUUAGGGGAAGGGGCCGGCCUCCCGCGGGGCGUGCCCUGCCCGUGGUCACGGCGCGGCUCGGCCCCUCUCUGCCCGCCCGGCAGGGGAGCCAGGAAUAGGGCCCGGUGUGGCUGUGCCCAGGCUCGGCGGCGGGGCUGGGCACAGAGCAAGCGCUUUUCCCUGGGUCCGGCGGUUUUUUCUGCCCCUGCAGCGGUCCCGUCUCCAGAGCUACGUGGUUCUGGCGGUUCUGCUGCAGUUUUCUGGAAAAGGGCGCUGUUAGAAAGAGACUCUUCCAGUUUCACUUGCUUCCUGACCUAAGAAAAUUAUAGAAUGGGUUGGGUUGGAAGGGACCUUACAGAUCAUCUAGUUCCACCCCCCCUGACGUGCAGGGAUGCCACCCACUAGACCAGAUUGCUCAGAAACCCCAUCCAGUCUGGCUUUGAACGAUGGGGCAUCCACAACUGCACUGGGCAGCAUGUCCAGUGCCUCACCACCCUCACAGUAAAGAAUUUCUUCCUAAUAUCUGAUCUAAACCAAACCUCUUCCAGUUUAAAGCCACUCUCCCUUGUCCUAUCAUUACAUGCCCUCGUAAAAAGUCCCUCUCCAGCUUGUAGUUCUCUUCAGGUACUGGAAGUUGCUGUAAGGUGUCCCUAGAGCCUUCUCUUCCCCAUGCAGAACAAUCCCAACUCAGCCUUUCCUUGUAGGAUAGGUGUUCCAGCCCUCUAAUCAUCUUGGUGGCCUUCUUCUGGACUCACUCCAAGAAAAUCUUAAAUUACAAACUUACUCUUCUGUUAUUAUGUAUAUUUACACAUGUGUGGUUGAUGGUGACUCUUAAAAGCUUUUGUUUUUCUUGAAUAAAAUAUUUUUCAAGGCCACCUUUUUUUUGCUUUGUUUUUGCAUUUUUGUUACUCAAAAUUGUAAGGAAUCGCAUAGAGGAAUUAAUUUCAGAACAAUAUGUUAUUAAAAGUAACUAUUUCAGUGAACACAUUGCGUAACCUUCCCUGUGGUAUCAUAUUUAGGUAUGCACUAAGGCUUUGGGAAAAAAAAUUACUUUGGAAUAUGCAACUGGUCGUAUUGUUAUAAUUCAUAAAUCAUUUACUAUAUUGAUGCUCAUUUUUCAAGGGUGGAGAAAAGAGCUUCAUUCCUACCUAGGAAGAAAAGGCCAGGAAAUUCAUGUGUGAAACAGGUGUCUGAUGGAUCACUACAUUUCCCUGGGUAUUACAAGAGCUGGCUGUCUCUUGACAAACUGUAGAAUAACUCUCCUUUGGAGUUUCUUUAUUUCAAAGGAGCAGCUGGUCAUGGUGGAACUAUCGGGAAUUAUUGAUUCAAACUUCUUAGAAAAAUGUGAAAACAAAUGCAAGAUUUUGGGAAUAGAGACAGAGAGGCCCAUUUUACAAGUGGACGGAUAUGUAUUUGCAGGGGAGUAUGAAGAUACCUUGGGAACCUGUGUGGUUUUUGAAGAAAAUGCGGAGCACGUAGAUGUGGAAGGCAACCAAAAAGUGCAGCUGAAAUACAAGUGUCACACAGUGAAGAAGUUGAACAUGACACGGACCCUUCUGACAGAAAAGAAGGAAGGAGAAGAGAAUGUUGGUGGAGUGGAGUGGUUACAGAUCAAGGACAGAGAUUUUUCCUACAGCAGGCCUAAAAUGAUUUGCAAUUUUAUGCGUGAAAAGGAUGAUUCCGAGGAGUCAGGUCAGGCCCAAGACAAACUGACUGAAGAGUCAGAGGGAGAGGUGAGUGGUGAAGGAAAUUCUGACAUGAACUGUGAUCUGGAGAAGCAGCACACCUUGGAAAUAGAUGCUUCUAUUCCUCUGCCUGACAGCCCUGCUUCUGGGGCAGAGGAAUCUCCUUCUGGAAAUGCUGCCUUAGAGGAUGUCCCUUCAUGAUACCAACUUUGAUCUUGUCAUGCUUUCUUCCUGGAAUUUUACAGGCCAUGAAAUGAUUUCCACUUUACCUGAGCAAUUAAUAAUGGAAAAACAGACAUUGUGUUCUUGUGCAUUGCUUUUGUGUUUGAAAUAUAGUGGGAAGGGCUGAAGUCUUUUUAAAAAAACUGAUUUGGAAUGUAUCUAUCUCUACCUCAAACUUGAACAAGUGGAAAUGGUUACAUAAUUAAACUCAUAAUUUAGAAAAAUGUUGAUGUAUUGUACAGUCUGGAACAUUUUGUAAAAAGAAAAAAACAUCCUUGUUUAAAAUAAAGUCUUGAAUUUUUCAAA